AUGGAGCAGGCCGUCAUGAUGAAGGACCGCGGGAACGCGUGCUACAAGAAGCAAAAGUUCUCAGCUGCCAUCGACUGCUACACGGAAGCCAUCUGUCUGUGCUCGACCGUGGCCGCCUUCUACACGAACCGCGCGCUCUGCUACCUCCAGUUGGAACGGUAUCCUCAAGCUCAAGAUGACUGCACACGAGCAACGCAACUCGACAGCGCCAACGCCAAAGCCUACUACUUGCUCGGAAAGGCGUGCGUCGGCGCGGCUGAGUAUAGCCGAGGCAUCCAAGCCUUUGAGAUGUCGAUCGAGAAGGCCCAGGGCUCGGCGACGCCAGCGACCUUUGUCGAGGACGUGCUCCAGCAGCUACGCCGGGCAAAAAAACUCAAGUGGAACGAGGUGCAGCGCGUUCGGGGGCAGCGCCAUGGUCGUGUCAAGUCCCUCGUCGCGGGAAUGCUCGACAGCUCCCGUCAAAGCUGCCUUCGCACGGGCGAUGACCACGCGGUGAUCCACGAAGAGCACGACCUUGUUCUUGCGCACAUGAUGGAGCUGCUCGAGACGUCGCCGCAUGCGCCCCAUCAGCGCAAAAUCCCAGAGUACUUUUUGUGCCCGAUUGGCAUGGACAUCAUGCUCGACCCCGUCUCAACGCCGAACGGAGUGUCGUACGAGCGCAAGUGGAUUGAACAGCAUCUGGACGUGCAAGCGAUCGACCCGCUUACGCGAGAGAAGCUCACGCGGGCGCAAUUGCGGCCGAACGUCGGUCUGCGCCACGCCAUUGAAGAUUUCUUGCACGAGAACCCGUGGGCGUACGAAGACGAGUAA